AUUCCGCUUGAAUAAAAUACCAUCUCACAGUCUCUCUCUUCGCAGCUUCACGAGCGGGAUAUGAAAUGGCAAUGGCAACGGCAACGGCAACGGCAACUGCGGCAGCUGCAGUUCCCGUAUUCAACCUCGCUCCUGGUUUGAAGGUUUCCAGACUCUGCUUAGGAACGAUGACAUUCGGAGAGCAGAACUCCUUGCAGCAGUCCUUCGAUCUUCUCGAUCAGGCCCUCGACGCUGGAAUCAACUUCUUCGACACCGCUGAAAUGUAUCCGGUGCCGCAGCGUGCAGCAACGCACGGGAGGAGUGAAGAGUAUGUCGGCCGCUGGAUCAAAGACCGGAAGAUUCCACGCGAUCACAUCAUCUUGUCGACGAAGGUUACUGGACCAUCUGGGCAGAUGACUUGGAUUCGUGGUGGCCCCAAGUCCUUGGAUGCUGACAACAUCUCAGAGGCCAUUGAUGAUAGUUUAUUACGAUUGCGAACAGAUUACAUUGAUCUUCAUCAGAUACAUUGGCCUGAUCGCUACAUUCCUAUGUUUGGAGAAACUGAGUAUGAUCCAAGCCGGCAAUUCAGUUCGGUACCUAUGGAUGAACAACUUGAGGCUCUUGGAAAAGCCAUUGAAGCUGGUAAGAUCAGAUAUGUCGGGCUCAGUAACGAGACUCCAUAUGGUGUGAUGAAGUUCCUUCAGCUUGCUAAUGAUGUUGUUCACUAUCCUAGGAUAGUUUCAGUUCAGAACUCCUACAGCCUGCUAUGCCGGAAUUUUGAUUGUGGAUUGGCUGAAUGCUGCCACCAUGAGAGAAUUAGCUUAUUGGCGUACAGUCCUUUGGCCAUGGGCAUACUUUCUGGGAAGUACUUCUCACCAGAUGGGGGCCCUCCUGAUUCACGAAUGAAUCUUUUUAGAGGGAGGUAUUCUGAAGGGGAGUCCAGAUUCAAACUGUCCAGUGACAGUGUAAAGGCUGCUACCAAGGGAUACCUUGAUAUUGCAAAGAAGUAUUCAAUUCAUCCAGUAUCUCUUGCAAUUGCUUUUGUUUUGAAGCAUCCUCUGGUUGCCAGUGCCGUUUUUGGAGCCACCAAACCAUGGCAGCUGACAGAGGUCAUUGAAGCGUGUAAUGUGGAGCUCACGCCAGAAAUAAUUACCGAGAUCAACAGGGUUCAUGCACUGUAUCCAAAUCCUUGCCCAUGAUCAAGCUAGUUACUAUUUUAUUUGUGAUUAUUUAAGCAGGUCCUUGUAUUUUAUGUCCUUCUUUCAAUCAUGUGGCAGGUGCAAGUUAGGGUGUGGAUAGAUUCCAUGCAUUCAUAUGUGCAUGUUAGAAAAUAGUGUGAUUAACAUGCAACUAGCUUUCUGAAAAUAAUUUGAGGGGGUGGCCACUUCUCUGGGAGAUGACAGCUCUCCCAUAAUCAUCUGAAUCUGAUGUCCUACAGAUCAGAUGGCUGAUCAUCAAUUGCUGCAGCUCUUCCAUGAUCAUCAGAAUUUGAUGUAUUACAGACUGAUUAGCUGAUGAUAAAUUGGGAUGUGGAUGUUGAUAAUUGCCAUGAUCAGCAAGGCUAUAUGUGGAAUGGAGUGGUCAUUCCCGUGCAGUGUAUUUAUAACAACAACAACAACAGCUAAUUACAACAACAAAAACAAAACCUUAGAAGAGAAAAAAAACAUUAAUUUUCACAUUUGCCAUGAUUUAUGGAGGUAACAAAAAUCCUACAAUUUUGAAAGGCCACAUCAUAGCGAGGAACUACAACGCUCUUAACAGCAUCCCUAUGUAAACAGGGAUGCAGAUGAUGUGAGUCUUCAAAAUCAGGAUCCACAUUUUCUAUGGGGCACAACUAAAAAGAAUAAAUAUAAUAAAUAAAUAAAAAAAAGAAGAAGAAAAGAAAAAAGAAAAAAAGGAUGAUCUUAUAUCCAAUGAAGAUGUUUGCUAGCCUCACAUUCAUGCUAUAUGCCCACGUUAACACAAUGGAUAUGCCAAUCUGGCAAGUGCAUGAAUCAUCCCAAGGAAGCAUAUGGUGGUAUCCACAGUGGAGUUUAUCAACAAAAUUCACACUGGUGAUCCACCCACGUACAAAAGUGUAUGGAGUUUUUUUGAGAUAAUUACAAAUAACUGCCUACCUUUUGUUCUAUUUUUGGAAACAUGCCUUUUUAAAAUAUUUCAAGUAAUCCACCUACCAUUUUCCGUUAUUAUUGAUAUAACUGCCUGGCGUCAUAUGCUGUUUCAAAUGUAUACGAACUGUAUUUUGUAAAUGGCUAAAUUGCUCUUCAGUUAAAGCAAACCAUGGUAAAAACCAUGGGUAAAAAGUCGAUUUUUCACCCUUCGGUGAAAUCGAUAGCAGCUCUUUGAGAAACCCUCGUCGGUUGCCCUUGUCGUAACCCUUGUCAGUUGACCUUCGUAGCAAAUCCUUGUCGAUCAAAAUCAAUAGUUUCUCUUCCUGUCUGUAAUCAUGUGAAAUCAAUAGCAGCUCGUCGAAACCCUCUUCGACAACAAUCCUAUGCUCUUCCUUCUCUCGUUCUCUUCUUCUUGCACUCUCAUUCUCUUCCUCUCAUCAGUGCAGUAAAAACUCUAACCCCACAUGGUUUUGAGCAAUGGUAGUAUCCGUCACUUUAAUGUCGUACAUAUUUAUAGAUUUUUGCAAAGAGUGCAGGGCUAGUGCGAUUUUGAGCAAUGACAGAAUCUGUCACUUUCAACUUUUGCAAAUUUUUUUACACGUUUUGUUGUGCGUGCAGGGCCUUAUGUGAUUUUUUAUACAUUUUUAUAUAGUGUAAAUGUCUUGGGUCUGUGGGACACAAUUUGAGCUAUAGCUCGUAAAGUGUAUUUUGUCUUAUGUCUUCCGGACACGGUGGAUUGAAAUUAA